GGGGCCGGGACAGGGCAGGGGGGGGGGACGGGGCGCGUCGGGGAGCGGGGCCGGGCCCGCGGGCGGCAGCGGUGGGUGACAGCUCCCUGAAGCGGCUGUGGCGGCCCCGCGGGGCAGAGGAGUGUGCGCGGGGCUGCUCUCUCCGCCCAGAGAGCAAGCCCGGGUCGCAAAGGCGAACUUGGCGCCCCGGGAGUUGCGCGAGGUGCGGCGGAGCCCUCGGCCCUGCUGGGGCUUCCCCCGCGGAGCCGGGCUCAGCCCGGCCCGGCCCGGGAGGCGCCACGGCCGCCGCCCCCAGGGAUGCCGGGGGGAAGCAGGCCCGGUGCCCGCCCCAGAGGCUGACGCAGGGCCGAAAUUUUGGGGGCUGGGAGGGAGACAAAGCCGGGACUGCUCGGAUGAAUGAAGAAUGUCUUUGCAGUCUGAUCUUUUCAGACUGCAGGGACCUGUAACAAGCAUCCCCGCUGGUGUCAGCUGAAUGCUGCUGGAGGGAGGGAAUCUCCCCUCUGUGCUUGUGCAGGGGGUCUUCUGAUUUUCCUUGAUUAACAGCGCUCUGGGAGCAUCUUGAGGCAGCAGGCUUUAACCAAACAUUUUGAACACUCUUCAUAUUUAGAAGAAAAAGUGAAGAGCUCCUAUUGUUGGCACUUCUUGAAUUGCUUUGCCUAUUGUUAGCUUGGCUGUGCCUUCCCGGUGCCAGCCAAGAACAACUUUCCUCAUAACUUCCGUUUUAUAAAUACGGGAUGGCUGAAGGGAGUGCAGUGAUGCGCUAAAAAUAGCUGGGUGUAUUCAGGUCAGGCACAUCUCCAGGCUGGCAGCAGAAGCAGUUGUAUUUUUAAACUCCCCUGCUGAUUGCACGCAGAGCAUGCAGGUUUAGUGAUGAAGGUAAAAUUGGGGUGGUCUGGAAUGCCGUUGUGCAUGAGCCUGGGCCUGGCUGGUUUUUCACAUCAUCUUCUUUUUUUCUGAGGACUGUGUUGUAUUAUUGCUUUUGAGCUAAGCGUGAGGUUUGGUGAUGAUGUGUUGCACUCAGCCUAAAACCACCCAGGACAACUUCCUUUGCUGUUAGCUUUGAUUAUCUUAUAUUAUUUCUGUUGUGCACAGAAGUGUUUGCUGUGGUUGAGGACCCCUCUGUGUGAGCAGAAGGCAGAACUGCAGCCCUUGGCUGAAGGGAAUUCGUAGUUUCAAGUCAGGAGGGAGGGACCUGCCUGCAUGCAGGAGCAAUAGGAGGCAGUGGGACCCUCUGGAUCACCUUGAUAGUCAGAAGCCAGUUGUUCCCAGCUGUUUGGCAAAGGAGAUCUUGGAGAAGAGAUUUGAAGUAGAACACACUGCUAAUAUCUAAAAAAAAAUAAAAAAUAAUAAAACAAAAAAAAAAAAACCUGCCCUCCCAGCACACACUUGCUCAAAUACAUGACAAGGAAGCAGUGGAGCCUGUUAUCUUUGCUUGAACAGAGAAGAAACCUUUAUAUCAUUGGAGGCAAUGCAGAGGCAAGUGGAGGGAGACCAGAACAGGCUUUGAAAGUGAAGAGGUUUUGGUGCAGUGGGAAAGUGGAGGGAUGGUGAGAAGUGAUGUAGUUGUAGCUAUGGCUUAGAAAAAUUAUCCCUGUGGCAGCACACAGGGUGGAUAAAUGAGUAAAAUAUUACAUUUCAAGAGAAAUAAGCGUUUGGAAAUGAGUGUUUUCCUCAUUCCUGGAAGUGUUUUCCCCAUUCCUGGAAGUGUUCAACGCCAGGCUGGAUAGGGCUUUGAACAACCUGGUUUAGUGGAAGGUGUCCCUGCCCAUGGCCACGUGGUUAGAAUGAGAUGAUCUUUAAGGUCCCUUCCAACCCAAACCCGUGAUUCUAUGAAAACCAGAGGAUGAUGGUGAUGGAUGACAGUUUUAUUUGUGUUAGCAGACAAGAAAUACUGUGUCACACAAAGACAUGGAGCAAGAGAAGUUGGUGAGGUAUUGUGAAGAUCUAACACUUAAAACCUGAGAGGGAGAUGAAGCUGAGUGGAGCAGGGUGUGGUUGUGCCAGGUUGGAACAUGGGCUGUGCAGAAGAAGGGCUGCAGGGGAAGCUUGGGGUCAUUGUGCUGCCUCUGGGCUGGUCAUCAUCCACAGCCCAGGUGUCAGAGGAGAGGCUGAGAGUUCAGCCUGUGCAGGAAGAUGGUCUGCAGCGAUAGGGCACAUCUGUGAGUACCUCCCAGGAAACUUUAGGGUUAGAAACUGAAGAGCUGUAAGCUGCUGAAAGAUAAGAUUCAGAAUAACACCAUGAGGGAAGAAAGAAAAGCUUGUGGUGCUCACAGGGUAUUUAUGGAGUUUUGAGAGGGUAAGGAAUCACAACCAGGAGGGGACAAGAUUUUGAAGCUAGAAAGCUGCUCUUGUAGACUUGGAAAAAAGGAAUUCAGGUAAGUGCAGAGGGCAGAAACUAGACAGUUCUUUAUUUCACCACACAGGCUCUUUAAGUCAGGAGCACUUCUUACACAGCUGUCAAAGCUGUGGGAGAGGUCAGGAGCUCUUCAUUCUGUGCCUCAUACUGCUUGGGUCACUUUGCAAAAUCCCUUCAGUGGGCAGGUGCAGAUUGUACGGUGCUUCAUCUCCUGGACUUUAUUUGUGCCCAUCUUUAAGUUACCCUGUAGCCCUCUGUCUUCUUCAUCUCUUUGUCUGACCCUUUGAUUUUGCAUUGAUAGACAUAAUUCAUCGUCAGGAAUCAUCUGGCUAGGGAGAGGUAUUCCUUUCUCUGGUUUUUCAGGGAGUCUGUGUGAGUUGUGUUUUCUUGGUCUCCUGGUCCUGUGGAGGCAGUUGCUGGUGGCUGCAGGGAUGCAGGUAGUGUCUGUUGUCUCAAAGACAUUCCAUUCUUGGGAGCAUUCCCUGCCCAGGGUGCCGUGCAGGACCCAGCCAGCUGGCUGGGACACCUUACAGCUAGUGUGCCUUUGGGUCUGUGGCCCGAGGUGAGGAUUUCAGAACCUCUUCUUUUGCUUUCUGGGGCUUUUCUGUCCAAGUUUCUUGGCAAUAACUGUGAAGGGUUAAUGAUCACACUGUUAGUCAUCAGUCCCUUAUCAGUAGCAGUUUGGGCUGCAAGUGUGUAGUUGUUCCACUGUCUUCCCUUAGCCCAGGAAAGAAGCUAACCUCUUUACCCUGGUGUGUGGCUGGGCUCGGGAAAGUGAGGAAACUUGAGUCAUGCUGCAUUGUUAAUAAAAAUGUAUUGCAAAAAUUUCCAGUAUCCUGCUCGAUAUUGCCACAAGUACACAAGUGUGUGAGAAACUGUUUGCACCUAAACCACAGUGAUUUUGAGAUGGGAUUGGCCAGAGUGCUCUGUAGUUAAGCAUGUUUGUCUCUGGGAGUGGGACUGAUAAAGCAAGUUUUUGUGUGUAAUAUACUGACGUUUGCAUACCCAUACAGGGAUUCUGUAUGGGUAAGUAUGUUGCUGUGAACUUGCUUUGCAGAAGGUUAUAUCAAAAUAUAAAAGUUACUUACUAUUAUUUGUGCAAAGCCUCCUAGUGACUAACCAAACCUCAAGGUUAGGAACCAUCUGCAAAGCAUUUUUCCCAAAGUAGAUGCUGUGAGACAUGAAAUGGUCUCACCUGUGCUAAGAUCAUAUGGGUUCACAGUCUUGUCUGCUAUAUCCAGGUGCUUGAAACUGGAAUGUGGCCCUAUGAAAGAAACCAAAAAAUGCUGUGGCUGCCUAGCUGUGGCAGCAUGCUCGGGCAGAGGAGCACAGCUCUCCACUGCCCACUGCAUUUGGAGAAGGGGCCAUGGCAGAGCACUGCUCCUGCUUCUUACCUCUGUACAUCUCCAGCCUGUCCUGACAGGAAAGACUUCUUAAGAACACAUCCUUUUUCCUGUUGAUUUUUUUUUUUUUUUAAGAAAAGAAAAUGGUGACAAUCUUUACUGUCACCACUUUCCCAACAGCAAGUUCAUGGGGUCCCUGAGAGCUCUGGGUUGCUAAUGCAACAUUAGCAGUUGCAUUUUCAGUGACAGCUGUGGCUAGAAAAAUGUGUGUCUACAUGUCAUCAGACACAUGUAUGUGUAAAAUAAAAAUUAGCUCAUCCUAGUAAUUCAGAUGAAUAACCAUUGAGUUGAUUCAUAGAUUUCUGUAUAGAUGCUGGUAAAGUUCUUUAUUAAGACUGAGUCUUAUUAAGACUGAGUCAAAAGGUCUGGGCAUGGAAAAUUAAACCAAGGAUCUCUUGUGCCUUAAACAGAUAUUCAUGGCCAAACCAUGACCAUACUGGUCAAAUCAGCUGAAGUCCUGAAUUGUGUGUCCCUAUAGGGCAGAGAAAGAAAUGUGAAUUUGGAAGCCUCAAAGACCUAGUUCUGCAAAAUUUGUAAUUUGUUAGGAAAAGUGAUGACUCACUUUGGCUUCAGUAUACUAAAAGAUAAAAAAAAAUAAAGCCUGUUAGUUGUUUUCAGUAACUUUUGUCUCUUUAUUUUGCUUUUGUGUGUCUUCCUUCACUCUGUUUCCUAAAUGCUGUUGCUGUCUGCCUUUUCUCUCGAGUUCAUCCCCUUGAAUUUGCUUGAAACUUGGUCAGGGUUUCAGCAUUGUGCUUGGCGCUGGAGGAGGUCGGGGCUGCUCACAAGCAAUAACACUGGCCUGCUGCUCUCUACUCAUCUGCAGAGUCAAACUGUUUAAAAUUAAGAUCCUGCUCCCACUCAACUUCUCCAUUUGGGGUUUUCCCCAAAGCUUCCCAGAAGCAGAUGGUGCUUCCUGGAGCUGUGCUUGCAGAGCACUACAACUUCUGCAGCGCUGCCUCCUCCCGAGGAACCCAGCUGGAUGUGCCCUUCCCUGAGAGCUGGCAGGCUCAAGGGAAGUCUGUGCACAAGCUGUUGUGCUGUUCUGGUGCCAGCCUGGUGCUGCCUGUGUAGCAACCUGAGGACAGGUGCUGAUGGCAGGGAUGAAAGGACACCUUCUGGGUUAAAAAGCUUGACUGUAGAAGGGAGCUUAGGCUGUGCUGAGAAAUGCAACUCAAAUCAAUUUAAUUGAUCCCAUAAAGAAGCAUCAUGCCUGCAAAUUGGUGCCUUUCUCUUGGCCACUGACUUCAUGAUGCAAUGAUUUGUCUGUUGCAGAGUUUCAUGGAAGGUUCAGGAAAACAUGCUGUAGGUUGAGACACCUCCUGGGAGGGGAAAUGGAAAUUGAAAUAGAAUAGAAAUGCUUUGGGAGAAAGCUCAGUUAAAGGGAAAAGGCAAAAGAGGCUAUAUGUUGCAUUAAGUACAAAAGAGAAUAGACACUUUAUUUGGAAAAUUAUUAUUUUAAAUAACAGGAGACUUAAAAAUUACUGCUUUCAGAGAAAAUAUAAUAGGUUACUUUAGGAAAGGAAGAAAAAAAAUUAAAACAAGUGACCAGAAACCAAAGGAAGAGGGCAGAGGAGGAUAAAGAAAGAGUGGGGGUAGAGAUGGAGCCUAAGGCACUGCCUUGAGGACAGCACAUUUUGGGGAGGGAGGCUGAUGCAGAAGGAGGGAGAUGGAGGCUGCCAAGAAUCCUGCGUGCACAAUUAAGUUGAGACUACAAAACCAUUUGGGUAUUAUGGCCACUUAAGUUAUUACAAAACCAAAUAAAAUGUUUAUUUUCCUAAAAUGGAUUUUAUUUCCAUUUGAGAGUUCUGUUUGAAUGCCUCAUGCCUGUGCAGCCUGUGGCAUGAGCUGAUGUGACCGAGCUGCUUCCUCUGUGAGCUCCACUUCACUUCCUGCAGUGGGUGGGUUCACCUGGCUUUGCCGAGGCUGCUGUGGAGGGCUUCACAGGAUUGGACCUGGGUGUUUCUUAUGUCCUGGUGUGUUUCCUGCUACCCUUGUACUUUUUCUUUGAUGACAUCACUCACCAGUUUUGUGGAAGGUGAAAUCUACUCUGUAUCUUGGAUUCCAACUGUGAGAAACGUCCUUGGUAACCUUGUGUCGCUCCAGAUGGUAAAUUUGCAGUCCCUACAUCAUUGCAGUAAGGCAAAAUACUUUUCAGUGGCUUGCCUUGUAUCCUAACACUUCUAAAACAUUUUUAUGCAUGAUCUUUUCAAAGCUGCUCUGGGGGAUUUCCACUCCCUUGCUGUUUUAAAGUGCUUGUACUGCUGAGCUAACCACAAAGCUCACUCUGUGUCUCUGUUUCUGUCUCUCUCUCAUUUUCUCCCCAUUGAGGACCAGCUACAGCUUCCAGUUCAGAGAGCCCGUGUGCUGGAGGGCAGGAGUGGGAGCAGAGCUGCUGCAAGCCGCCCUGAGUCACUGGUGAGUGCUGGGAUGGGAAUUGCACGCUGCUGGGCUGGUUUGGAUCGCAUCCCACUGCCUGCUUGGCACAGGGCUGCUGUUUCCCAGCUCCUCUGAGAAUCCCCAGCUGAUUCACACGGGCACCUCUCCAGCUUGGGCAAAGCUCCUGGAGCAGCCCAUUUCUUCCAGCAGAACAGCUGCAAGCCCUGCAGCAAAGCUCCUGCAAGGCUGGCAGCAGCAGCGAACUCCCUCAUCUUCUGAGGUUUCCGCUCUGCCCUGAGCAGGCAGCCUCCCCUUUCACCUGGGGUGCUCUUUCCUGUGUCCUGAGGUGCCCUCAGCUGUGCAGUACUGUCCUGGGCAAGGCUGAGGUGGAGGAGGUGCUUUCAUGGAGAUGCCAAGCAUCUCCAUUUUUAGGAGUGGGAUCUGGGUUGGGUCCAUUAUGAAGGUGUUUAAAUAGAUACAGGCUCUCAUUUCAGCAAGAGAGUUGGAAGGAGUUGUACCACAGCAGAGUGGCUCCUUGCAGAAAGAAAGGGGAGUGAUUUUGGUUGAUUUAAUGAGCAGUGAGAGCUCUGGAGGAGUUUCUUGAUGUGAUUUUGGGCUGCUGACUGUUUCUUUUUAAUGUGUUCCAUAACUUUUUAGCCUAAAACAUGUCACUCCAGCUGGAGUUUCUGGAGUUAAGGAAGAUCCCUAAAGGCAAAAUGGGUAAAACAUAUAAUUUUUGUUGUUGUUGUUGUUGUUGUUGGGGUUUUUUCAGUAUGUUUUUACACAGUGUGGCAUUAGCUUGCUAAACCAUACCAUCAGAUGAGGUAAGUGCUGGAGCAUAAUAGGACUGGGGAAAUUGUAUGCCAAGUAAACAGGAGAGAGAGCAGCAAUAAGAGAGAGGAAGGAAACUUGUUUCAGGGUUCUCACUGACCCACAGCAGAGUGAGUUCUUAGGCAGCUUAUCCUGUGGGUGGUCCAUGCUCUGGAAGUUAAUGGUGACAGCUCUCCAUCUGCCUUAGAAGCAGCAGGAACACUUUGCUGCUGGCAUCGGCUACUGAGGCAGCCCAGACAGCAGACUGGUGAUCCCUCAGGCUGCAUUUUGUCAUCUAUGGUUGACAUGAGGAAAAGAGAAUUGCUCCUUAUUAGGUGUCAGGGAACCAGGAGAUGCAUUUUCAGAGGAGGAAAGAUCAACUGUUUAAAAAUGAAAGAAGCAAAUGGACAACCCUGUCUGGUUUGAAGCAGGAGGCUGUUCAUUUGGAGGGACCAAAUAGGGUAAUUUGCAAACUUCUGUUGGAAUAAUAAGUCUUUAAUGGCUGGAAUAUGAUUACAGUUCAUAUUCCUGAGGGCUACCCACGUUAGAUGAUCAGUUGUGCUGGAGGAUGUCAGACAUUCAGCCUGGUGAAAGGCAGGAAGGGUGUCACAAGCUGGGGAGGUGAAUACUGUGUACAGCCACUAACGAGGGUGCUGAGUUACAGGAGCACUUAAAUGUUGGCUGUGGAAUACAUGUUAAUUGGUUAAGUGCUUUGGUGUGUUUUUGAAUCAGGCACAUUAUCUGUCUGCAGGAUUUCCUCGCCCAGUAUGGAUUGUUAAAGUAGAAAGGAAAAUGGAUGUUGCUUUCUGAAGCCCAAGGUGCUCUGUGGCAGCUCACUAAUUGCUGCUUUUUGGGCCAGGAGGCCACUGCAGCAGGGAGGAAGGGCAGAGUGUCAGCACUGGGCACACUGUUUCAUGCCAGACACAAGGUUGUUACUGUUGAUGUGCUGACCCUGCUUCCUUCCAAAAGCAGCAAAUGCCCUCAGUGACCUUACAGGAGAUGAGUGAGAGCUCUCAGACAGGUGCUGAUGCCAGUAAGAGUGACUCCAGUGACUGACAGGGCGGGUGGUGCACACAGAGAAGAAAUAGCAUCCCACAGCACAGCUGUAAAACUGAGCACUUCUCUCAUGAAAUCAGGAUCUGGCAGCUCAGGUGUGUUGUGCUUUUGUACAGUUCUGUAAGGAAAACGUCUUGAGUGCAAAGCUGCUAGAAAUGCCAACCAGAAUGGCUCUAGGGCUUGAGCUACUUGCAAAAAAAUAAAAACUGCAAGGUUGAGGGACUGGUGGCAAAUCUUGAGGUUUGUGACUUAAGACUUGGAACAAAUGUUGAUGGUUUUUCCUAUUGGAAGAUUAGCGUUGUAUUCCUGUGCUGUGCAUGAGUUAUGGUAGGUUGAAAGAAAAACUUAUGUCACACUUCUGAUUGCAACCCUUCUUUCCUAUCUUUUCUUCUCACCACUUCUUUCAGACAGAAUUAAUAUAGCCAAAAACUUGUACAUAAUUCAGUAAAAUAAGAGUUUACUGCUAGAAAUGAAUGAUCAAUGGGAAAAAGAAAGAUGUCAAGUUAAGAGGCUUCAACUCCUGUAACACCUAAACUGAAGCUGGCACCACGUUUCCCUCUGAAACCUGUCUCCCCCGUGCAGAUGAGAGCCCUCCUGCCAGCAGCAGCCUGCUGCCAGCGGUAGCCCAGGCAGAGUGGCUGCCAGGGAGUGUUUGAAGAGCUUUUCCCUGCGUCUGCUUCGCUUCCCAGUGCAGCUCCCAUGGCCUGUGACGAACCCGCUGCUCUCUCAGGCAUCUUCACACGCCAGAACUCCUCCAACACCAGCUCCCUGGACUUCGAGCCCGACACCAACUACAAGUUUGUGGAAAGCCUGGAGGAGAGGUACAAGUGUGCCUACUGCCACCUGGUCCUGCGCAACCCCCACCAGACGGGAUGCGGGCACCGCUUCUGCCAGCAGUGCAUCCUCGCUCUGAGAGAGUUAAAUGCAGUACCCACCUGUCCUGUCGACAAAGAAACAAUAAAAAUGCAUGAGGUAUUCAAAGACAACUGCUGUAAAAGAGAAGUACUCAACUUGCAUGUGUUCUGCAAAAACUUUCCUGAUUGCAAUUCAAAAGUAAUUCUGGGGCGAUAUCAGGAGCAUCUGCAGCAGUGUUUGUUUGAAAGCAUGCAGUGCACUAAUGAUGGAUGUCGGGAUCGAAUUCUUCGCAAGGACCUGAAGGAGCACUUGAGCCAGCACUGUAAAUUCCGAGAAGAGAGGUGCCAGUACUGUAAUACAUAUGUGGUGUUAAUUAACAUAAAGAAUCAUGAGAAAAAUGACUGUCCUGAUUAUCCUGUGCCUUGUCUCCAAAACUGUUCACAAAUAAUUCUGAAAAAAGAGAUUGAAAAGCACCAUGCUGUGUGUCCCGAGGCAGAAGUGGACUGUCCAUAUAAGCAGUACGGCUGUCAUAUAAAGGUUAAAAGAGGGAAACUUGCUGAACAUGAAAACAGCGCCCUGAGGGAACACAUGCUGCAGAUUUUAGACAAGAACUCCCGGUUGGAAGAGAGGAUAUCUGACUUGUAUAAGAGCCUGGAAUGUAAAGAGAUUAAAAUCCAGCAGCUAGCAGAUGCCAUUAAGAAGUGUGAGAAAGAAUUCAGACAGUAUACACAACUGUUCGGUAACAACAGCAACUUGAUGGUAAGCACUCAGGCUCUGGCCAGUCACCUGGAUAAGUCUGCACGCCUGGAAUCACAAGUGAAACAGCUAAUACAGAUGGCAAACCAGCAGCAAAGUAAAUUAGACCUGCAGCCCCUGUUUGACACAAUUGAAACCAUGAAACAGAAGAUUGCCCAGAUGGAGACGUACGACCAGCGCUUGGUUGUUUUGGAAGAUCAGUCCAGCAAACAUGAUCUCCAGAUUAAUAUACACAAAGCACAGCUCAAUAAAAACGAAGAACGAUUUAAGCUUUUGGAAGGCACGUGCUACAAUGGGAAAUUAAUCUGGAAAAUCACGGACUACAAGAAGAAGAAAAGAGAGGCAGUGGAAGGCCGUGUGCUGUCCAUAGCCAGCCAGCCCUUCUACACCAGCCGCUGUGGGUACAGGUUGUGUGCCAGGGCCUACCUGAACGGGGACGGCUCGGGAAAGGGAACGCACAUCUCCCUCUACUUCGUGGUCAUGAGGGGCGAGUUUGACUCGCUGCUGCUGUGGCCUUUCAAGCAGAAGGUUACACUUAUGCUUUUGGACCAAAGUGGGAAAAAAAAUCACAUUGUGGAAGUCUUUAGAGCUGACCCCAACAGCAGCAGUUUCAAAAGGCCGGAUGGAGAAAUGAAUAUCGCCUCCGGCUGUCCACGCUUCGUGCCGCACACCGUCCUGGAGAACACAAAGAACACCUACAUCAGAGAUGAUACACUCUUUUUGAAAGUGGUCGUGGAUCUCACUGAUCUGGAGGAAUUGUGAAAAGCGUGCCCUGUCAAUGUGAUUGCUGUAAGCAUGAAGAACAGCUUUUGUGGUGAGCACCAGCCAUACAAUAGCAAAUUGCCACCAGUUAAGCUACUGAAAAUGUUUCAUGACUUUGGACUACAGGACAAAUAAUGAAUUGCCAAAGCAUCAGCCUUUCCUUUUCUACCCUUUUUUCCAAGACUGCAUUUUUAAGGCAGCUAGAAGCCCAGGUUGGUGCAAACAUGCAUUCAAUCCAGAUUGGUUCAGUCCAGGCUGGGGGGAAUGCUUGGCUCCCAUCACCACACUGGUAUUUGGAGAUUAACCUCCUCCAGUAAAUUCCCAGGAGCCCAGGCAGGCCUGUGGGCUCCUCUCCCUCACACAGAAGUGAAGCCAUGCCCAAACAUACAAGUGCAUUUCAUUUGUCUGCAAUGGAAACAUUUCAACAUUAGCAUAUUUGAAUCAAUGUGUCUUGAUCCCCCCAUCUCCUAGAUUUUUAAAGCAGGAAGAAUGGCUUCAGUUAGGCAGCGAAAACAUUUGCCAAGUAUCUUGCAUCUUUUUUAUUUGUUUUAAUUGUGUUUUUCCAGAAAGCCCAGAGGAAGGAGCCAAUGCCUCUUACUUUUUUAGCCUGUUUUUUCAGCUGUACAGAGUACCCCAGGUCACAACAGCUUUCUUGUGUACUUUCCACUCCUGCCUAGUGCCUUGGGACUGGUUUCCAUUGGUGGUAAACAUCCACAGUCCCCAUCUGAAGCCAAAAGCUGUAGGUGCUUCUCACCUCUCAGGACAUGGCCAGAGGCAGGAUACUCAGCCAGCCUGCCAGCUCCUGGCUGCACUGCUGGAAGAGGGGCAAAAUUCCUGUUCUUUUGCAUCCCCAUCUGUGCAAAAGAGAUGUUUUCUGGCCUUACCAGCUCUACAAAAGGCAGGAAGAGCUUGGGGAAUAGCUCACUUAUAUAACAUGCACUUUUCGUCUCUCCUAGAAGUUUGGGGAAGAAGGGGGAAAAUAGAUUAGGGAGUGAGGUUGCUGUAAGAACCUAAUUUUGACAAUCAGUGCACCUUUAGUGUUUGUUAAAGGAUGACACAGCUACUGACUGGAGAUCUUAAUUUUUAUUUCAAGUUCCUUCCAUAUUGCAAAGGAAUGUGUGCGUUGUACAGGGUUUAUUGGAGACACACUAAAACCACCAAGGUCAGGCACUGAGGAACAAAUGACACAGAACACAUGUGCCUUUUUAAAGCCCUUUUGGGUGCCUGUAAGAGGGAUGUAAUUUUGCAUGCUCAGUGAUUUUGUUAUUACAAGUGGGAGAAUAUUGCAUCUCUCAUCUCUUACAGGUCAGGUAGGGAAACACCACAGCAUUAUCCAUUGCUCCACAGCUUUUCAAGAGACAGCAAGAAACUAAGCUGGUUUUAGAGUAAGAGUAAACCAGGCAGGAUAAAAUCAAAACAGGGCACAGACUGAAAGACAUAAGAUAGAAAAUUCAGGAGGGCAAAUGUGGUAAAAUGAAAAAUGUUCUUCCUGUGAGGGAUGUUGAUAACAAUCUAAAUAAUUCAAGGAUUAAUACCAAGAUGAAGGCAAAAUACUUUAUUUUGUAUCUGCAAUCUUAUUGCUAGACAUUCACUUUCCCAGAUGGUUUUCAGACAAUAAUUCAGACACAUUUCUAACUCAGGGGUGGAGGGGAAGAGACCUUAGUAAUCUGUACCUCAUGGUGGGUUAGCACAUGCAAAAUCUUUGUUUUGAUCUAGAAGUCCUUUUUGUUUUAUAAUGUCAAGAUGUACUGAGCCACCACAGGGGCUUUCCAUGUUCCCGGGACAGAUUGUGAGGAACAAAUUUUUUUCUUGUGUACCACCACCAUUGACCACAAGAGUCAUUUCAGCUGUAAAACAGAAUGAAUUAGGCAUAACACUUGGUUACAGAAAGAGCAGGUUUGUUUUGACAGUGGAUGGUGUGCCAUUCUGUGACACCAACCCUGAGCCUGGAUUUCAUGUCGUUUAUUACUUUAAUAUUUGUCAUGUAACCCUCAAAGUGACACAGCUUCCAUAAUAACCACUAAUAACUGAUGGGAAUGUACUCUCCGUGUGUUCUGGGGCUCUCCAGUACACAGAGUGCUAAAUACAGAAAGUGAUAAAGAACUCAGACAAGCAGGGGAGGCAAGAUAAAAAGGAUGUGUCUGGUCUGUAUCCUGGCAAAUUCCCAGCCCUCCACCACCCCAAAUGUAAAAUGGGGAUAAUAAUACUUGCAGAAGUGUUAGGGCUAUUUAAAUGUUUGUGAAGAAGUUUGAGCAUGAGAAGAGCUAAGUAUUAUUAAAACUCCAUUUCUAAUUGUUAGAAUAGGUGAUGGCAUAGUGAUGUGGAUAAGUGUUUAGUGUUUUCCUAGACAGAUUUUGGAAGCAUGUUUGGUUUUAGGCAGUUCCUACUGCAAUCUCUCCUCUACCUACUGGUUGGGUUUAGGUUUUUGCCAUGAAUAUUCCUUUUAAAAUUCUGAAGCACAAAUUCAUCCUGGGUGAUGGAAACAUCCCUUUUGAAAUACUGCCUAUUUUAUAAAGAAUUAGUUGAGAAAAUUAAUUUUUUUAAGACAACCUUCUUUGAAUUUGUUCUUUUUAGUACACAAAUUAAGAGACUUAUGUUAAAAUUUUCAGUGAUUUUUUUACUGCUUGUAAACAGGGUUUUAAACUUCAUCCCAUUCCUAAUAAAGAAAAAAUGUUGAGUGGCAUGAACUGUCAGGAAGAAUUUUGAUGUUGCAUGAAGAAUACCAAAAAAAUUUUCAAUAAUAUUGUACUGGGUAAGUAACCAAAAGAGCAUAGGGUAUUUCUACAUCAGUGCGCCGUAUGUUUCUAAUGUAUUUAUUGAUAGUUUGUAGUUGUUUGAAUAUCUCUUACUACAACAGAGGCAUUUUUCCAGCCGAAUGUCUUUACUGUGUACAUAAACUAAUGUAAGAAUAAAUAAUUUUAUCAUCCUCUGGA